CAUGGCGGCGGCGGCGGGCGCCCCUCCGCCGGGUCCGCCUCAGCCUCCUCCGCCGCCGCCGCCUGAGGAGUCGUCCGACAGCGAACCCGAGGCUGAGCCCGGAUCCCCACAGAAGCUUAUCCGUAAGGUGUCCACAUCGGGCCAGAUCCGGCAGAAGACCAUCCUUAAAGAGGGCAUGCUGACCAAACAGAACAACUCGUUCCAACGAUCCAAAAGGAGGUACUUUAAGCUUCGAGGACGAACACUGUACUAUGCUAAAACUGCAAAGUCGAUCAUAUUUGAUGAGGUAGACCUGACUGAUGCCAGCGUGGCAGAAUCCAGCACCAAAAAUGUCAACAACAGUUUCACGGUCAUCACUCCCUGUAGGAAGCUCAUCUUGUGUGCUGACAAUAGGAAAGAAAUGGAAGAUUGGAUUGCAGCACUCAAGACUGUCCAGAACAGGGAGCAUUUUGAGCCUACCCAAUACAGUAUGGAUCAUUUCUCAGGGAUGCACAACUGGUAUGCCUGUUCCCAUGCACGGCCAACCUAUUGCAAUGUGUGUCGUGAAGUUUUGUCUGGAGUCACAUCCCAUGGGCUGUCCUGUGAAGUGUGCAAAUUUAAGGCUCACAAACGGUGUGCUGUACGUGCAACCAGUAACUGCAAGUGGACCACAUUGGCCUCGAUCGGGAAGGACAUCAUUGAGGAUGAGGAUGGGAUUGCCAUGCCCCACCAGUGGCUGGAAGGAAACCUGCCUGUGAGUGCCAAGUGCAUUGUGUGUGACAAGACUUGUGGAAGUGUGUUGCGCCUUCAGGACUGGCGCUGUCUUUGGUGCAAGGCCAUGGUUCAUACAUCAUGCAAAGAGUCCUUGGUGACGAAGUGUCCACUUGGCCUGUGUAAGGUGUCUGUCAUCCCUCCCACAGCACUCAACAGUAUUGACUCUGAUGGGUUCUGGAAGGCCACCUGUCCCCCAUCUUGCACAAGCCCCCUACUGGUCUUCGUCAACUCCAAAAGUGGAGACAACCAAGGUGUGAAGUUCCUCAGAAGAUUCAAGCAGUUGCUGAACCCUGCCCAGGUUUUUGACCUCAUGAAUGGAGGACCACACCUUGGCUUACGGUUAUUUCAGAAGUUUGACACCUUCCGGAUUCUGGUUUGUGGCGGGGAUGGCAGCGUUGGCUGGGUUCUCUCUGAAAUCGACAGUCUCAACCUUCACAAACAGUGUCAGCUAGGUGUGCUGCCCCUGGGGACAGGGAAUGACCUGGCCCGUGUUCUCGGCUGGGGCUCUGCCUGUGAUGAUGACACCCAGCUCCCUCAGAUCCUGGCGAAGCUGGAGAGGGCCAGCACUAAGAUGCUGGACAGGUGGAGUGUCAUGGCAUAUGAGACCAAGCUUCCUCGGCAGGCCUCCUCCUCCACAGUCACUGAGGACUUCAGCGAGGACUCAGAGGUGCAACAAAUUCUCUUCUAUGAAGACUCGGUUGCAGCUCAUCUUUCUAAAAUCUUGACUUCAGACCAGCAUUCAGUGGUGAUCUCAUCAGCCAAAGUGCUUUGUGAGACUGUGAAGGACUUUGUAGCUCGGGUGGGCAAGGCCUAUGAGAAGACAACAGAGAGCUCACAGGAGUCGGAGGUCAUGGCCAAGAAGUGUUCUGUCUUGAAAGAGAAGCUGGACUCUCUCCUCAAGACCCUGGAUGAUGAGUCUCAGGCUUCAUCCUCUCUGUCUAACCCACCUCCAACCAUUGCUGAGGAAGCUGAAGAUGGGGAUGGAUCAAGCAACGUCUGUAGCUCUGCUGGGGACCGGCUGGUGGGCUCUGCAUGCCCCUCACGGCCACAGAUCUUCCGGCCUCGGGAGCAGCUAAUGCUGAGAGCAAACAGCCUGAAGAAAGCAAUUCGCCAGAUCAUAGAGCACACAGAAAAAGCGGUGGAUGAGCAGAAUGCCCAAACCCAGGAGCAGCAGGGUUUUGUCCUGGGCCUCUCUGAAUCUGAGAAGAAGGACCUGAAAACUGAUAAUAGGGUGUGCCCAUCAUCUGCCCAUAGUGAGAGCUGUGUGGUUGCCAAGGGGAGGAGCUACCGCAAAGCAUCCAGAGCGCCUUGUGAAAAGCUAAUGAGCAAAGGUCUGUCUGUUGGCAGCUCUGCCUCACUCCCUCCCCAGACAGGAAGUCGGGAUGGCCUUCCUGCUCUGAAUGCCAAGAUCCUAUAUCCAAGUGUUCGGGCAGGGAUGUCUGGCUCCUUGCCAGGGGGCUCAGUCAUCAGUCGCUUGCUAAUUAAUGCUGAUCCCUUUAAUGCUGAACCUGAAAACCUAGAGUACUACACAGAGAAGUGUGUCAUGAACAACUAUUUUGGCAUUGGUUUGGAUGCGAAGAUAUCUCUGGACUUCAACAACAAGCGUGAUGAGCACCCAGAGAAAUGCAGGAGUCGGACCAAGAACAUGAUGUGGUAUGGUGUCCUCGGCACCAAAGAACUGCUACACAGAACCUACAGGAACCUGGAGCAAAAGGUCCUGCUUGAGUGUGAUGGGCGCCCGAUUCCUCUCCCAAGUCUUCAGGGAAUUGCCGUCCUCAACAUUCCCAGCUAUGCCGGAGGAACCAACUUCUGGGGGGGCACCAAGGAAGAUGAUACUUUUGCAGCUCCAUCAUUUGAUGAUAAGAUUCUGGAGGUGGUUGCUGUGUUCGGCAGCAUGCAAAUGGCUGUGUCUCGUGUAAUUAAGCUACAGCAUCAUCGGAUUGCCCAGUGUCGCACAGUGAAGAUCUCCAUCCUGGGGGACGAGGGCGUGCCUGUGCAGGUGGAUGGAGAAGCCUGGAUCCAGCCACCUGGGUAUAUUCGGAUUGUGCACAAGAACAGGGCACAGACUCUGACCAGAGACAGGGCCUUUGAGAACACUCUGAAGUCUUGGGAGGACAAACAGAAGUGUGAGCUGCCCCGCCCACCAUCCUUUUCCUUGCACCCCGAGAUCCUGUCUGAGGAGGAAGCUACCCAGAUGGACCAGUUUGGGCAGGCAGCAGGGGGCCUCAUUCACAGCAUUCGGGAAAUAGCACAGUCCCACAGAGACAUGGAGCAGGAACUCGCACAUGCUGUCAACGCCAGCUCCAAAGCCAUGGAGCGAGUAUAUGGCAAGCCCAGGACCACAGAGGGGUUGAACUGCAGCUUUGUUCUAGAAAUGGUGAAUAACAUCAGAGUGCUACGCAGUGAGACAGAGCUGCUGCUGGCUGGGAAGAUGGCCCUGCAGUUGGAUCCCCCUCAGAAGGAACGGCUUGGGGCUGCCCUAGUUGAGAUAGACCAGCAGCUCAGGAAGCUGACAGACACACCCUGGCUCUGCCAGCCCAUGGAGCCUGGUGAGGAAGAGAAUGUGAUGCUGGAUCUUUCUAAACGCAGCCGCAGUGGUAAAUUCCGCCUCGUGACCAAGUUUAAAAAGGAGAAAAAUAAUAAGAACAAAGAAGUUCACAGUAGCCUAGGAGCCCCUGGACCUCGGCGUGACCAAAGUGGGCCACAUGAAGAGGAUCCUUUGUGGGAUCAAGGAGCUGAGCCGGAGCUCCCCUGCCGCCGAGGUCUAGCCUCUGCAUUCUCUGCCUGCAUCCUCCACUCCUCCCGAGACUGAGGCCCAGGGAGGAUACUGCCACCACUCAGCCCCUGGCCUUUCUCAUGGUGCUAUUCCCUUUGUUAGUGACAGGAAGUCUGAUGCCUGUUGGCUACAGCUUUGGAGUCUUGAACAUACCAACAUAGCUACCUUUGAGAAUACUUUUCUUAGUUGCAGUCAUUCGGGGAAGACUGUGUUAAUCCACUUGUGGCUCUUGCUGACCUGCCUUGUGGGCCACAGGGAAUAUGGUGAAGCCUGACCUUCCAGCAUCUGGCACCUCUGCAGAACCUUCUUACCUGGGCCACAUGCUCAGAUUGUCCUGUGUACUCCUUUCCAGUGUCCUUUAUUGGUUACACUAGGCAGUACCAUCUCCACCUCUACUAGGUCUCAGAAGCAGAGUUGGGUCCAGCCUCAGUGGUCCUCACCAGAAUGUUCUCUGUGCCUGACAGCCACUCUGUGGUUCUUCACAGCAGCCCCGCAAAGGCCACCCACUGCUUCUGUCCCUUUUGUUCACAAAUUUUAAUUUUUAAAAACAGAGGUUAUGUACUUUCCUGAUUUGAAAGUGACAGGGAUAUGUUUCCAGGCCUAUAAUCUGUGAAGGAGGAAAGGAAAGCCCUCCUGCUUAGUCCAGGCCUCAGGCUAUGAGCAUGUGGACAGUCCCUGUAUCUGCUUAGGAUGCUAGAGGUGUCUGCAGUCCAGUCUCGGCAGACAAGGAUGAGUUUACACUAGCUCAGCAUUAUGGUGGAGACCAAGCUUCCUAGUGCUGGAAACAACGUAUGCCAUGGGAGAAUGAAUAGUUGUUAGGGGCAGUCUGGGGUCCACCUCAGGUGGCCUAGAGUCUCAGGCUCUGUAGUGACUUCUCAUGUGUCUGUGAGGACUCUAACCAUAGCUCACAUUGCUGCUGCCCUGCCAUUAUCUUGCUGGGCAGAAUUGGCUCUGAAACAGCAGGUGGUACUGUUGGUGGCAAAAGCUCCACAAGACCCAGACUAUACUCUCAACGGGUAGUUCCUAGGUGGGGAUGCCCUUGGCCUUCAUUGCCACUGACUUAACCCUUUUCCCCACCUUCAGAGAUGGCAAUCCUCAACAGGGACUUGUAUACCAGCUGGAAAGGACUUUAGCUCAGCCUUGGCAGGAGGGCUGCUGGGUUGUUGUCCUCAGCCAGAGACGAACUCUGCCAGUGCUCUUCCAUCCGACAUGAGAAGAAAGUGCUGAGUUGGACUCUGGGUGGGGGCUGCCAAGGAGGCAGGGUUGAAGUGCUGCUUGUUCUGCAGAUGCCUUGGUCAUCUUCCCUUCAUUGAGGGACAGCCGAGAGCCCUGGCCAGUAGAGUGGAGAAUGGAGAGCCUACAGUGCAAUUCCUGCUGCACUGUGCCCUAGGCCUAGAGUUCCACCAAAGCAACUGCCAGUUAUCUGUGGGAUCCGUUACAAAAAUCUCUGGUCUGCCUGUGGACCUUGGUGCCUCCAUGAAAGCAGCCCUGAAUGAAAACAGUGUCACCUUUCAAUCUGGAAUGUGAAGGUAUGGAUCAUCUGACCUUCGAGAAGUCAUAGAGCCUGUGACAGAUCAACUGAAACUUAGGUUGGUGGAGGAGGAAAAGCAACUGAGGGCAACACUCAAGUCUUCAGUGGCCUCUUGAGAAAGCAUUGCAUUUGGGUAAGAGGUGCUGGGAAUCAGUUGUCAGUGACCAAAGCAGCAGUGUUAUAUAGUCAACAAGAAGUGAGAGGUCCAGUCUGUUUAGAGAGGGAGAGAAGGAAAGAUCCCUGGGGAAUUGGAGAAAAGGUUUUGUGUCUGUAGGUGGGGCUAACCUUCAUAUUUAUAAUCUUAAUUUAUAGUGAUCACCUGGAGCAGAUGCCUCUUGUAUUGUUAUGUACAUAGUCCGCAUCAAAGAGUUGUAAAUAAGUUCUUCUGUGUAUAAUAAAAACAAGCCUGUUUUUGAUCUUCCACA